AAGGAUUAUUGAAAAAUCUUCAGAUCAAUAUUGGUAGCUUCUAUAAUCACCUUCAGUAAACUCUGUAGAACUUGAUGAAGUGGAUCGAGAUGUUAAAGGAUCUAUUGCAAGAUAACGAAGCAUUGAUAAUUUACUGUCUAAACUAGAAUGUGGAUACUACCUUUGAAGGUGUGAUAGGCAGUUAGAGAGAUCCUAGAACCCAGGUUUUCCAACAUCUUUUAGUAUAGGCAGUUUAAUGGUGUGGGGUAUGUUCUUCAACUUAAAGGAAUAAGUGGAAAGUGGUGAGUGGUGAAGAAUCGGAUAAAAUGAACGGCACUGGUGGUUUUAUAUCAGAUGAAAACCGGGAGAUUCUCCAAUCAGCUUCAGGGAGUGAAGGUCCAUUAUGUUCUUCUUCUUCAAAAUCUCCAAGGUCAACACAGGUCCAUGGCAAAGGCAGUCCAAUUAGUCAUGAUAGGCAAUCACGUUCUCCGAUAGAUGGUCGUCCUAAGAAAGGUGGUUGUGGUGGCAAAGGAACUUGGGGAGGGUUAAUGGACACUUAUUCCAGUUAUCCUCUCGACUCAAAAGACCCAAACUAUGAUAGCAGUGAGGAAGAAUGUGAACAUCCAAAUGCAAGAAAAUCAGCACCAAAUUUUGAUGCAUAUAAAAGAAAGUGA